CGAAACUUAUGGGAUUGACUGUAUAUCGAAUAAAUACGAAUUCGAAUGAAAAAAUAAAUUACAAAGUUCGGGAACUUGUAAGGUUAUUUAAACAACUCUCGAGCGCUUGAAAUUCGGUUAAGAAAUAAGUUAAAAGGGUCAACCACCUCCCAGAGGGAUACUUGAACGAAAGGAAGCUCUCGUUUCUUCAAAGUUAAGACCUACUCCCUUGUACACGUCAAACAUAAUCACACCGAAUCAACCAGGUGUAUUUGAAACCGCGACUAGUAAAACUUAAAAGACAACCGUAGUCAUAGAUAGUGAACGAACCGUAGUCCAAGUUCGUUGUCGUCCGGGUAUCUUAUGAUUCCCAUAAAAAACUUCAAAAAAGUAAAAAAUGUACACCAAGUACAUGAAAAAGUGGAGGACUUAAAGAGUAAUCAUAGAAAAAUAGAAGAUGUCCGUAAAAAAAUUCAAGAGAGUAGAAAAAGAUGUGAAAUCGAAAUGAGCAGCCAGUACAUGAAGAUCCUUUCCAGUAAAGUGCAAGGUGACACUGUGUAACAUAAUAUGAAAUUCGGUGCUUUCCAACUAUGCGCAGCUAAAAUCCGGGUAUCUUAUGAUAAUUCCUAAAACACGAGUUCAUCCAACUCGGCCCUCCCCGGAAAAGAGGGGGCGAAAGCCCCGAGUAAUUAUAAAAAUUACGUUCAUUUAAGCGGUCACGUUAACUAACCGCCCUAUUGAACGAGUCAUUCAACGCGCCAAAGCUCAUCCUCGGCUAGCAGCAGCGGUGGCCACUGGUCCUCGUUCGUUUUCUAUUCUAAUUCUGAUGCUAUUCUAGUCCGCGAACGCCGGCCAAUGGGCUACGUCCGCCAGUGAACGUUCCUCUCCACGAAAGGCCCCUCUGCGCCCCCUUCCUCGUGUCAACCGCAGUCGUUCUCGAGGCAUCGCGUGCGCUAGAUUAUCCGACCACAUCCUCCUUUUAUCCGACUGGUUAUCAGCCGCGUUGCGUUUAUCCUGAUAUACCGAUAACAGCGGGAGAAAGGAGCCGAGGAUCGCGAGAAACUACCGCCGCAGACCGGUUGCCCCGAAAGUGUCGAGGAGAGAGAGGGAGAGGGAGAGGGAGAGAGAGAGAGAGAGAGAUUUCUCGGUUUCGCAAAGAGGACAAGGAUAGAGGAGUGUUCCGAGUGAAAGAGGGUGCAAGAGCGUGGUCCAGAAGUCGUCCUUAUCGCGUUUCGGGGAAGCGAAAGAAGACUCCGAGGUUGCGUUGGCGACGACAGUGUGACUUAGAGGUCGCUGAGGGGGAGAGAUGCAGUGGCGUCGACAUCGAAGGGUCACCCACGUGAUCGGCUCCUCCAAUCACGUUCUACUAUUAGCGAGGUACCAAGACGCUCCGCCCAGCGAGGAGGACGAGGAAGAGGGAUUGCGAAACGGAUACAUGAAAGGCCAGGAAAAUGACACUAGCUCCCGUAGCUUCGAUCGCCAUGGACAGAGCGGUUACAAGACGUGGAGGUCAUCUAGCGGCGGCGGCAGCAGUUAUGCGAGCGGUGGGACCAGGUCCCACAAGGACGACUCGUCCGGCUCGCCGUCCCAACCCAAGAUCAUCUUCAACGAGGAGGAGUACACGAGGAUCACGACGCCUCGACAGGACAUGCUGUUCAAGAAGGGCUAUCUAUCGCGCAAGAAACCGUGGACGAGCAACGCCAGCACCAGCGCGACCCCGUCCACCACCGAGAGCCAAUCCGCUUCGCACUCCACCGCAGGUAGAGAUGGCAGCGAAACUACGGAGGAUCAGCAGCUGUUGGACAGGGACUGCAGCGCCGGCGAAUACCCACCGAUGAUGAAAUCUGGAGCGCACUUGGGCUACGGAACAUUUUACGACCACGCCAGUGGCUACUAUUACGAGUACCCUGUGAUGUUGGUAGGCCCUGCGCCAGUGCCUGCGCAGGUUGGACCGAGCAUCCUAGCGGCCGUACCUUGCGAUCCUGUACCUUUGAGGCCGAUCGAAUGGAUCAACCCUGCCUUUGUACCUAAACUAGCCGAGCAACAGUACUGCAUGAUGGACUACCAGACUGGCCAAAGCACGGAAGACUCGACUCUGGUGACGGAGCAGGAGACCACGCUGUUGCCAGUGGAAAACUCCAGCGGGACAUGCAACGAAAGCUGUACAGGGAGCGCCAGCUGUAACGGAAGCGUGGCAGGCGAAGCGGAGGAGCAACCGACGGAAGCUGAAUCUGCGACGGAGAAUCAGAUCGAGGAGCACCAGGCGGAGGAACGAACCGAGGAGCACAUGGAGGAGCACCUGGAGGAGCAGUACGUGGACGAGCAGGCCGUGGAAGAGCAACCGUUGGAGAACGGGCUGAACGGGGGACCGUACCUGGAGCCGGUAUUGCUGCAACAACCGAUGCACGUCUCGCACGUGAUACCGGUGCCGCAACCGUACAUGUACCCCGGUCACUACAUGUUCGGUCCUCCAUUGGUCAACCUGAACGGUGUUACCAUACAGGGUGGACCCAUGAUCAGAACUACAGACGUGGCGGCUAUGUCGGCGGCCUGUGCCAAGCGAAGAAAGAAAAAAAAGAGAAGAAAGCCAAGGAGACUUGCUGUGGGUAACACGGAGGACGAGGAGGAGGGAGAGUACAGCUCCGAAUGUGAUACCGGUUUACCGUCUUCCCGACUGUCGUGGACAGAGUGUUCGACUUCGACGACGACGACGAUCACCAAUCGGCCACUGAACCCUGAAUGCCAGGAGUUCCAGCUGCGCCCGAUUGAGCUCGAUGCCUCGCUGUCCGCUAUUCCAACUUCCGCCAACUUGUCGACCUUUGAGGAGGGCUCGAGCGCGAACCAAUCGAGCACGUUGUCGUCGGACGCGACGUCCGUCGACAAGAACUAUAAAGCAUGCAACGGCGUCGUCUCCGACGACCAGAAGCAGGAGGACGAGCAACUGACGGAUAGCAAUUCCGGCCAAGUAGCGGGAUCGGAAAAGAGUCAACAAACGUCGGAGGACGGCGAUCUUGAGACGGAAACGAACGGCCCGACGCUUUGUCUAACAGGGAAAGACGAUACCUGUCCGACGAACGAGCUAGCCAGCGUCGAAUCUCCGAGCAGCGAAAUGAAUGAUAAAGCGAGUACCAACGAACCAUGCGAACGAUCGACGGAAGAACCGAUGAACGGGGUCGAGGAGACCCUGGUGAACGGAAAACUGAUGAACUCCAGCAACGAGGAGACCCAGGAGGAACCAUUGUCUCCGUGCAACGAUGAGAGAACGCCCAAGACUGCGGAGAACACGGAGAACCACGAAUCCUUAACGAAUGCUAAAUUGCCGAAGAGGAAGUACAACGCGAAGGGCACGAAAUUCGUUAGGGAACCGACGCCUGGGCCCGAUCUGGACGGCUUCGCGGAUCUGGAGAACGUUCUGGUGAACGAGAAAAUCCUUGCGAAAGAUAAAGUCACGAACGAUCUGAGUCUGAACGGUGUUAGUCUGUCGAACGAUUCGUCCCCGAAGACGGAGUCGACGGUGAACUCUUGCGAGAAGACCGAGAUGUCGAACAAUGUUUGCAAUCACCUCAACAAGGGCGACCCGGUGGAGAUAUCGAACGAGGACUCGGGUUUCGAGAGUCAGACGCGGCUGUCGGACUAUCCCAUUACGGAAGCGGUGACGGAGUGGCUGCGUAGAGCGAACUCGCCCGACGUGUUCAUCACGAACGCGUCCGGUAGCGAGAGUGAGGACGAGGUGGACGAAGAGCCGCCAAAAAACUUGCAAGGCAACCCCAUGCCUGCACUAUCUGCUAAUAGCGGCGCGGACAAUGUGGCAUUGUCUGGCUGCGGGGAAUUCGCAAGGAUCAACAACGCCAGGGGCCAGGAGAAGAAGGGGAACGGCGGUUCGAGGAAAAAGAGGGAUGGAAAACGACGGUCAGGUGAACAAAGACGGGUCAGACACGUCGAGGGCAAGCCGGAGAACGAAGCCGUGUCCUCGUCGGAUUCCUGCGGCCAGCAGGAAGUUCCCUCGAGGAGGAAGAACCCUGCCAGACAGCAGGACGUUGGUGAUGUUUGCGAAUUUGCCGAGAAGGAUAGCGUUGCGGGUAUGAGGGUUGCUUUAAGCUCUCGGAUGAUGGACUCGAAGAGAGUCAAUGCAAGGCGAACGAAAAGACAGGGCAGAUCCGUUAAGGAUCCCACCGACAUCGACGCGAAGAUACGAUGCAUAGAGGACGUGGACGACGAGGGUAUCGAUGAGGAUAUCGAAGAAAACGGAAAGACGUUCGAGAAGGAAGAGAAGUUGUUGACGACUUCCAGGGAUGAUCCUUCCGCGAUCAGCAAAAAUGCCAAGGAAACUACCAAAGAGAGCAAUGGAAACGACGUAGAAGAGACCAACAGCAGAACGCCAAAGAACGAAACCGUGUCCUCGUCGGAGGUUUCCUCGAGAAGGGAGAAUCCUGCCUGUCAGGAUGUCGGCGAGGUUUGCGAGUCCACCGAAAAGGACACCAUCGCUUCGAGCUCUCGAACGAUGGACUCGAAGAGAGCCAAUCCAAGGCGAGCGAAAAGACAAAGCAGAUCCGCUAAGGAUAUCUCUAACAUCGACGCGAAGACGCGACAUUUGGAGAAUGUAGACGACGAAAACGACGAGGGCAUUGUCGAAGACACGAACGUGAAGACCUACGAGAAAGGGGAGAUCGUUGUGUCGAGAGAGGGGAAGUUGUUGACGACUUCCAGGAACGAUGCUUCCACUAACAAAACGGUCCCCAAGGAUAGAGAGAUCGCCAAGGAGAGCACGAGGAGCAGCGAGGAUGAGAACGAUAGGACGAAUUCCUUGUGCAGUAUAGAGGAGCCUGAUGUGUUGGAGUGCUGGGAAGCUGAAACGAUCGAACCUGUGAUAACCCCGAAGAGGAUGCUCCAAUGUCGGGGUGUGUUGUGCGAAGGCGAAGCUGUCGAAGAGGACACCAUCGAGACCAAAGAAGCCAGCGUGGAAAAUUGCGUGGAAAAUUACGUGGAGAAUUACGUACAGAAAUACUAUAGAUUGGCGCGCAACAGUGUUACCAGCGUGGAGGAAGAGACGAGCUGCAAGGUAAACGUAGAUCCGUCUGCAUUGAAGCCAGUGCCAAAUAGUUCCGAGCAAACGAAGAAUACGGAGAGGAUCCUCCAGGGGGAGAAGAGCAACAACGUACCCAUCGACGAAGCUUUCGAGGUAUACGAGAGCUGUUACACGGGAAAGACCCCGUUUCUGGGGAUCGAUGCGAAAGUUUUCAAGUCACGAACGUUCUACGGCCAGAAGGGCGAAGGUCCCGUACCAUGCAAACCCGUCUGUUGUAACCUUCAAUGAUCGUUGCGAGCAUUUCUCCGCAAGGACACUCGUGGAAAAUUAUAAUCGACGGUACAAAUACAGUGAUCUCAUGUUUGUUUUUUUUUAGGAUACACUCCUUUGUGCUGAUCCCUGCAUACCGAAACUGAAGAAACAGACGAAAAAUCGAGAUCAUUGCUCAUCGCAUUCAUCCAAAGAUCAUAGUGUGUUAGACAGCCGUUAUCGUUUAAACAACCUGUAUUGUUUCUAGAGA